AAAGUAAUAACCUCCUCCAAAAGACAAGCACUAACACAUUUGUCCUUGAAAGGCGGAGCCCAGGAAUUCUGGAGCUCUGAACACCCGCUCCCUUUCUGCGAGGGACCAAAACUCCUGCCUCACUUGGUGUCACAAAAGUCCCCGGUGCGCCAAGCAAAUGUGUUUACUUCUGCUGCCCGCCAGGCCGGCGGAGAAGGAGAGUACCCUGGCCGCGCCACACUUUCGCCCCGGCAGCUUUCCAAACAAACCGGGGCGGGAUGGGAGUGUCUUCUUGGCUGUGGAACUCGAUCCUCCUACCUUGUCCUGAAGCCACCCGCUGCUUUUCCCCGGCCCUCCCUUCGUGGUGAUUUUCCUGUCCGGGACGCCCGGGAAGGGCGCGCGGCCGCUGUCCCCCCAGCCCGAAAGGUACGGGCUCGGCUGCUUUCCCGCUUCCCUGCUCCGGGGACGGAACCCCCAGGCUCCCUCUGCAUUGCACCUUCCUCCGUGAACUUGGGGGCGGCCGUGGUCACCGCGCGUCUGGCGCCAGCAGCCGAGCAGGAGGAGUUUGCCCGCGGCUCCGGAGGCGCUCGGCGCAGUCGCCUGGGACCCGGACCCGGGCGCGGAGGGUAGCGCACCGCUCGUCAGGCACCUUGGACUCCCGCGGCUCCCCCGCCUGGUCCGUGGAGAAGGAAUCGUGCCCGCGCCGCCCCUGACCCGGGCCACCUUCCUCCGGUUUCCGCCGGCCUCGGGCUUCGGCGGCCCGAUGCGGCAGGCGCCGCAGCAGCCGGCUGGAGCGAGCGGCGGUGGGUGGAGAGCAGCGGGCCCCCAGCCGCCGAGCCCCGCACGCCUCUGCAGUCUCCGCUCCUGGGCCUUGGCCGGAGCCUGAGCUGGAUCCGGUGGAUCGCCAGUCAUGAGCUCUAGUAACGUAAUAUAGGCUGCUGGUUUUGUUCUUGGAUUUUCGUUUUAUUUUUGGUAAUUUCAUCACCCUGUCAAGCAUUUUGGGAGGGGUCAGAACACUUGUAAGUGAAGAAGCAGCCCAACCCUUUGUCUUGGCUUAUUUCUAGUGGACAGGCUCCGACAAUUUAGCAGACAGGCUCCCGGGCCUCUGGGACCCUUACCACAUCCUUCACCUUCAGGAGCAGAGUGCCUUUGGGAAACAGAUUCCUAAAAGUGCAGGUUGUCCGAGACACCCAUCAUUUGGGGUCAUCUACCUAACAGUUCAAAGAGGUGGGCCAGCCAUGAGAGGGUACCUUGUGGCCAUAUUCCUGAGUGCUGUCUUUCUCUAUUAUGUGCUGCAUUGUAUAUUAUGGGGAACAAAUGUCUAUUGGGUACCACCUGUGGAAAUGAAGCGGAGAAAUAAGAUCCAGCCUUGUUUAUCAAAGCCAGCUUUUGCCUCUCUCCUGAGGUUUCAUCAGUUUCACCCUUUUCUGUGUGCAGCUGAUUUUAAAAAGAUUGCUUCCUUGUAUGGUAGCGAUAAGUUUGAUUUGCCCUAUGGGAUAAGAACAUCAGCGGAAUAUUUUCGACUUGCUCUUUCAAAACUGCAGAGUUGUGAUUUCUUUGACGAGUUUGACAAUGUGCCAUGUAAAAAGUGCGUGGUGGUUGGUAAUGGAGGAGUUUUGAAGAAUAAGACAUUAGGAGAAAAAAUUGACUCCUAUGAUGUAAUAAUAAGAAUGAAUAAUGGUCCUGUUUUAGGACAUGAAGAGGAAGUUGGGAGAAGGACCACCUUCCGACUCUUUUAUCCAGAAUCUGUUUUUUCAGAUCCCAAUCACAAUGAUCCUAAUACUACGGCGGUUCUCACUGCUUUUAAGCCGCUUGAUUUAAAGUGGCUGUGGGAACUGCUGACGGGUGGCAAAAUAAACACUAAUGGUUUUUGGAAGAAACCAGCCUUAAACUUGGUCUACAAACCUUAUCAAAUCAGAAUAUUAGAUCCUUUCAUUAUCAGAAUGGCAGCUUAUGAACUGCUUCACUUCCCAAAAGUAUUUCCCAAAAAUCAGAAACCCAAACACCCAACGACAGGAAUUAUUGCCAUCACGCUGGCCUUUCACAUAUGUCAUGAAGUUCACCUUGCUGGUUUUAAAUACAACUUUUCUGACCUCAAGAGUCCUUUGCACUAUUAUGGGAAUGCCACCAUGUCUUUGAUGAAUGAGAAUGCGUAUCACAAUGUGACAGCGGAGCAGCUCUUUUUGAAGGACAUCAUAGAAAAAAACUUUGUAAUCAACUUGACUGAAUAUUGACUCUACAGACUCAGAAGACGAUGCUAACAGUAUUAGUUUUAUUUUUAUACGGCAAUUUUUAGUUUAUUUUUAAAUAUGUUGGAUGCACUUGUCAAAAAAUUGUGUAUAUUAAGUCUUACUGCCUGGUGAUUCAUAACCACCAGCUUAAUUUUUGUGUAUAUAUUUAAUUUAUAAAAACCAAGAUAUGCUUAGUUAAGAUAUCAGGGAAAGAAGUUUUGAUUGCAUUGUUUUUAAAACAAGUUAGUUUUCCAAAGUGUUUUUAAACAUCUUUUUAUAAUUAGCUUAUCUUAGACUUUUGAGAGGAUGUGACUUCCUAAUAAUGGGCUUUAUUUAGUUGACCACAAGUUUUGAACACAACAUUUGGCUACUGUAAAUUGGUGGGAAAUGGCCAUGUGGUUGUGCCUUGAUUCGGCAAACUGCAACCAUUUUAGGCAUGUAGCUAGAUGAUUGUUCCUUUUUGUUGUAGCUGAGGAAACAGAUUUGAAUCUUAAAGCAGCCCUGAACAUAGCAGUAGGUAUGGUUAUGGAAAUCUAAGAUUAUACUGUUUUCAUUAAGCUUUUUUUGUCUUGCAAUUAAGUGAACUGAUUAUAAUGAGUCAUCGGACAGAAGGAAGGUGAUGUUUUUAAGGUGAAGGAAAUAGGCUAAACAUGAAAUUCUGGACAAGUAAAUAAUCUAAGAAUGCAAUUACUAAAGUCUGGUGACUGCAUUAUUUUAAAACUCAUACAAAGUGGCUGAGCUAGGCAAGCUCAAGGAGACCAUUCUUAAAUUUUCUGCCUGGCUUAAUAAAAUUUGGAAAGUUUACUAUUUGAAUUAGGAAAAAUGAAGAUAAAUCCUUGAGACUCCUCAAGCUGUUUUUUGGAUUUAAAUGGAAAUUUCAUGAACAACGUCAAUUCUUCAAAGGGAAGGCUUACCUGGCUGCCUAGGGUGCAUGAGAGAAGAGUCCUACUGGAUGCAAACAAGUCAAAACCAACCUUUCGAACAAAUGUGAGCUAGUGACCCUUCUCAUUUAAUACAGCCUAGGGCUAUGGGGAGGGAAAAAGGAAGAGAAGAGAAUUACAAGAGGGAUGGAAUUAAAAACUCUCAGAAGAGGUAAGAGUUGAAAGAAUUCUUUUGAACAAUAAUUAUCAUUGGGAGACAUGGCUGGUGUUACCCGAAACCAACCUGCCUCUCUAAAGAGUAUGUCAAAUGCAGUAUAAGGGGGGAAAAACUCCGGGUUGAUUUAAGCCAGAUCUGGACAUUAAGUACAGACUGUGUUCUGUUAGCACGAGCAUGCUUGCACAGUACCGUGGUUUCACUGGAUUCCUCUAAUAACUCUGAGGUGGAAAAGAUGGGUGUUCAUGCGACCCUUCCCUCCUACCACACAGCCAGAGUUUACCACACAAAAUGCAGUUUGUGAACUAAUUUAGGCUUCAAAACCGGAUGGUCCAGGCUGGAGUAAAAGUAAAAAAAACCCUGGUAGCAUUUUCAAAUGUUACUGUAACGUCCAGAAUAAUGGCAGUACAAUUUCUGAGCGAUGCUAAAACAGAGGAAUCUGGCAUUUUGUGUAGUAUGAGAAAAGGCUACAAACUUCAACGUGGUUUUAUAUAAGCCAAAGGAAAUUCUCAGCAAGUCACAUAUAUACAAUUUAUUAAAAACACAUGACACAUUAAGAUCUCACUAUUUAUACAAUCUAAAUUCUAGCAACAUAUACAAAUACUGAGUGACUACAGUACAUGCCGAGGUAAGAAAAGUACAUUCUGGGAGAAUAUCACUGACCCUCAAACCAUUUUUAUUUCCACUAUGUAUUUCAAUGUUUUGUUUCCACCUUUCCCAGUGCCAAAAAAACCCCAAAAAACUAGUCACAAAUUGGAGUAAAUAAUUGGUGCCACAGUUGAACUAAAAAGUAUUUUAAUAACCAUCCAACACUUACUAGAUUUUGCAGUUUAGGGACUUCAAGUUCAGAACAGAAAAGCAGAGCUAAAAGGCAGUUUUUUUUAAAGGUAGAGCUUAACAGAUUUCUCUUAAAAGGGUUUGAAAGGUUUUUGUCCCACAAUCGUAGUUCUGUCCUCUGACCUGGUGUUUCCAUAGCCCUUAUGCUCUCCAGGUGUCAAUGUGGGGCCAAGGCAAAGAAGGUCAAGCUUCCUCACCUUCCACAGAGUUUUAGAUGAGUGCAUUUUCUGCUGGGGCAGGGGAGGACAACAGUGCAUAUGACGCCAUAGUUUCAACUGCUGUAUAAAUUCUCUACACAAACCAUUUCAUCAGCGGAUAAACCCACUGUUCAAUGCAAAGUGCAAAUAGUGAAACAUGAAUUUAAAUAACUGGACCAGACCCUGCACAUACAAUAGGAUCUAUUUGGUGUUACAGCUUUUAAUAAAAUAUAAAUCAGCAUUCACAAUCUUUAACUGUGCUGGUUCCUAAGAUCAUGUAACAGUGAAGUUGUGUGACUUUAUGAAAACCUGUAGGGGCCACACUUGCUGUACCACUGAUUCGAUUUUUAUCACUGUGUUAACAGGAAAAAAAUCCAAUAAACGAGACUGACAAGUCUUUAACAUGUUUCAAGCAAAGAAUAAAAAUUCAAGGGAAUUUAGUAACGAAAAAAAAAAGUUACUUUCACAUUUUCAGUUGAUUGUCUCCACAGCUGCAUCAGACAUAUAAAUGUAGUUAAAACCCAAAACAAAACUCUAAUAUGAAAACAAAUGAACUAAAAGUAUAAAAUCAGAAUAACCCUUUGUAUCAGGCUCAGCUCUUCAUUUGGAAAGUAAAAUAUACAAAAGCAAUAAAAACCAUUUUGUAAAAAUCAUUGGUAGUUCAAGGACCGCACAGUGGCAAAAACAUGCAUCAUUUAAGAAGAAAACAUUUGCCUCUCAAAAAAAAGUUCCAUGGGAAAAUCAGGUGCACAAAAUUAAAUAAAAACAAGCAUCUUUGGGAAAAUGAGAUCGUUUCUCUUAAAGCUUCUCAAACAGGCAUGUGAUUGGAGAAGUAUAUUCAUUGUGUACUGAGGAUAAAUAAAAAGAUAAAUUGGUUUACUCUCUUCCCACCUGAAAGGGGAUGACUGCAUUAAUACAUGUGCUUUACACAUUCAUGUCUUAAUAAAGUUCAACAUCUGUGCUUUUUGUUUCAAA